GGAACUUUUUCGCCAUGGCGGUUUCGUUGGCUGGCAUCGCUUGUGUAGGAUUAACUAUCUUCCUGACGCAACAUGUGUCUGGGCUCGGCCCGAACGCGCUGCCUUUACAGGAUGCCUUCGUAUCUUCCCUGGCACCACAUCAGAACAGCUUGAGAGCCGACGGACUACAGUCUAGUACCGUUCACGGUCUAUUGGAGCAUUUGCUGCCGGUCAGUGGUGCCAAUGGUAUAGACCCGUCUCUCGGUAGGCCGGCCUUUAUACAAACCGAUCAAGCACCGAUUCUCCUUCCUAUUGACGGCCGUGGUGCUGGACAAUUCUUACCGUUUUUACCUCCACCUCCUCAAGUUGGAGAAUUAGAAAUUGGUCGAGAUAGUGGACUGCCAGUUAUUCAGCGUGGAUCUCAGAGUAUCGGUAAACAUCUUUUGAGGGAAAGGCUUAGAAAUCAACUCCGUAGUCUCACCCACAGGAAAACUCAUAGGAACCGAAAUGUUAGAAAUAAUAGGACUGUGUCGGCUAGGAAAUACAAAUCAUACAAAAAACGAGUUAUGCUUGCGAGAAAAAACCGGCUUUUGAGAAAGCUGAAGAAACUCAGGCGGCGCAAGUACCUCCGAAACCUCAACCGCAAGAGGAAAAUUGCCCGCGAAUAUGGCAGGUUAACUAAACGAGGCAAAGCCUAUUAUCCCAAAACCUUGAAUAGGGUGAGAAGUCUGUAUCCGUAAGAUGAAAAGAUCCCUCAAAACUGACCAAUGGUCUGGAAGGCUACAAGCAAAGAACUCUUCAAAAUCGUUAUUGUAAGGAUUGAAGUUGUUUCGCAAAAUCCUAUGGAUGUACCUUAGAUUUUAGAAUUACCACUGACAUGAAUGAUGAUUAUCAAUAUUUAUACCAGAUCAACGUACAUCACACAGAUUCAUGUUAAAAUGAUUUUGUCUUAAUUAUCCUUUGACGCGAAAUAUAGUCAUGUUGAGUUGAACUGAAAUUAUAUGAAAAACAAAAUUGUCAUAAAACAUAAUUUUCCCAAAGCAAGGACAAUUUUGUAAAACAAAUUACUGAAAAGAAAAGCAAAAAAGUAUACGCCAUAAUAAAUGGAAUU